AGACAACGUUUGGAGCGCUAAAAUGGCAAAUGUGCGCUGUGUGCAAAAGUUACUACGCCUACAAAAGUUUGUGCUGCCAUUCAAUGCACAAAGCUGCUUGCUGGCAACGACAUGCAACGCCGGCGUAACUGCAUCUUUUCACACACUGCAGCAAUGCAGAACGUUAAAGCCCACCUCAGCUCUGAGACGCAGCUAUGCCAAGGAGACGGACAAACUGGAUGAUUUUCGAGCACGCGAGGAACAGCGCGAACGGGAACGCGAUGCCGCUGAGCAGGCAGCUGCAGCAACAGACACACAAGGCGAUGGCGGUGGCGGAGAGAGAGGCAAAACCAGCGAGGAGGAGGCAGCCAAGCAGGCGAAAGUGGAUGGCAUACGCAGCCGGAUAUUGGAUGCAGCAAUGCUGCAUGUGCCACAGCAUGGCUGGACCAAGCAGGCCAUCAUCCAGGGUGCCGAGGAGUGCGGCUAUCCAAGCGUGGUGCAUGGCAUGUUUCCCGAAGGUGGCUUUGCGCUCGUCUCCCACUUCAAUGGCAAGUGCAAUGCGCAGCUGGUGCAGCAGCUCCAACUGCAAACGAACAAUGGCCAGCUGGAGGUCAACGAUCCGCUCGAUUUCCUUGUCCAAGCAGUGCGUCAACGUCUCACCAUGAUUGAGCCCUACAAGACGCAAUGGCCACAGGCAAUGGCAUUGAUUGCUCAGCCCCAGCAUGCAUCCACGGCGCUGGCGCAGGUUCUAACGCUGGUCGAUGACAUCUGCUACUAUUCCGGCGAUCGUUCCGUUGACUUUGGCUGGUAUACGCGACGCAUUGGCCUGGCAACGAUUAUGAAAAUGACAGAGCUGUAUAUGCUGCAGGAUGCGUCGCCGGCGCAUGCCCAGACCUGGGAGUUCCUCAAGAAUCGCAUGGACGAGGCUGUGCAGCUGCAGAUGGCACUCUCCCAAACCGAGGGCAUGACACAAACAUUUUCACGUUCCUUCAACUCGGCUUUCAUAACGGCGAGAAAUAUACUCGGAUUGGGCUAUAGUCGCCAUUAGCAAAAUGCCAAACGACAGCAGUCAGCCCAAAGAGUCCAACAGACAGAGAGAUUUGUGUUAUGUAAAAAAUAAAACUAUAUAUUUAUAUAUAUAUAUAUAUAUAUAUAUAAAAGAUUUAUACUUAUAAAUCAUCAUAUACUGUACUCGUAUACCUGAUAUAUUUAUGUAUAUUUUCAGAGGUGUUUGUUCAAGCAGGUCGUUUAACUACAGAUAAGCUGUUAAUCUUAUGUGGAUUGGAUUGUUUUAGUUGUGAUCAGUUAUGUUAGAAAAUAGAUAGAUAGCCCAAAGCUGACUAGUAACUUGUAUCGAUUAAUUUCUAAUUACAAUUAAAGUUCAGCACACACAUAAAAAUCUU